AUGGAUAUCGUCUUCCACAACGGCACGAAUGGCGGAUCCCCUUGGGUGGAAUUCUAUCCAUAUACGCCCUCAGCACCGGCGGGAUACGCCUUCGUGGUGAUAUUUGGCAUUGCAACUAUCAUUCACUUUGCUUUGAUGUUUCCAUAUCGUGCUGCAUACUUUUUACCCCUGGUGAUAGGAGGUGUUUGCGAAGCAUUCGGCUACUACGGCCGAGCAUGGUCCCAUCAUGACCGCACAGACAUCAGAUCGUGGGCUCUUCAAGAGAUGCUCAUCCUUUGCGCACCGCCUCUCGUCGCAGCGACAAUCUACAUGGUCCUCGGCCGCAUCAUCCGCGCCUUUGACGCCGAGCACUUAUCCAGCAUGCGGCCCAAGAGACUCACGCUCGUCUUUGUCAUGAAUGACAUUAUAUGUUUCUGCACGCAACUCGGCGGCGCGGGUGUACAAGUCACGGGAGACGCCAACGUCAUGAACAUUGGUAAAAAGGUCGUUCUUGCCGGCUUAAUCUUCUCGCUAUUCAUCUUCAUCAUCUUUGUCGCGAUCGCGGUGACCUUCCAUCGACGACUGCAGAGGGAAUCAACUCCCAUCUUGACGAUGAAUCCAGAUUUGCCGUGGAAGAGGUACAUGGUGAUGCUCUACGUCGCCUGCGGAGCACUGGCGGUGCGGAACCUGGUCCGCACGAUUCAGUUUGGCGCCAACCGGACGGCUGAUAUCAAUACCAAAGAAGCGUAUAUUUACAUCUUUGAUGCCUUCUUGAUGGCGUUGGCCAUGGGGGUCAUGGUCGUCCAUCAUCCUGGACUUCUGGUCAAAAAACUGCGGCGAGCGGCCAAAGUGGCGGAAUUCUGUCGGCCGUCGACUUCGGAGGCGUACAGAAAUUCUGGCGGUGUUCCUUUGAUAGAUCGUGAUCCUCGGCCCAUGUCUACUUAG